AUGAAAAUAACGAAAUCCACCGUUAUACUCCUAAUCUUUGUACUGAUGUUAUCGAUAUUUAUGGCAAAUGUCGCUGACUUAAUCAAUGUUGAUAGUCAUGUACUAGAUGAUUCUUUGCUUAACAAAGAAGUGAGGAAAGAAUGGUCACAGCCAAAAUUUUACGAUAUCGGAACAUCAUUCAAUCAUUUAAUUUGGUUUCUGCAGGUAUCAGAUAUACACAUAAGUAUAUUUCAAGAUUCAUCUAGGAUAACAGAAUUAAAGGAAUUUUGUAAUAUUACUGUGAAUGCCAUUAAACCUUCUGUUGUGCUUGCUUCAGGUGAUCUCACAGAUGCAAAAGCCAAAGACAAAAUGGGAUCAAAACAAAUAUUAGAAGAAUGGCAAUAUUAUAAACAAGUUUUAGAUGAUACUGAAGUUAGCAAAAAAACAUUAUGGUUAGAUGUAAGAGGCAAUCAUGAUAAUUUCAAUGUACUAACUCUUGAGUCAAAAAAUAAUUAUUACUCGAACUAUUCCAUUCAAGGAAAAAAACAUCCAAGGUCCUACAUGUACACUAUAAAUAUUGGCUCUGAAUUGUAUACAUUCAUUGCAAUAGAUGCAUGCUUAAAACCUGGUCCAAGGAGACCGUUCAAUUUUGUUGGCAUGUUAGAUGAGCACGAAAUUAAUACUAUAUAUACUUUAGUAAAUAAGUCCCAGGAAAAUAAUGCAGAUUUUAUAAUAUGGUUUGGUCAUUACCCUACAUCUUGUAUACUUUCGCAAACUAAUACAGGCAUAAGAAAUAUUAUAGGCAGACAUAAAGAGAGUAUGGUAUAUCUUUGCGGACACUAUCACAUGCUUGGUGGAACAGUGCCUAACAUGUAUACAUUACAACAAGCAGGAUUUCUUGAAUUAGAGUUAGCAGAUUGGAAAGACAACAGAAUGUAUCGUUUAGGAGCAAUAGAUCAUGGUCAAUUUUCUUUCAUUGAUCUACAGCACAAAGAAUGGCCUGUAGUAUUGAUCACAAACCCUAAACAUGCUUUGUACACAAUGCCUAGAAAAGAAAAUAUAAUAUCUGUUAUUAAAUCUACACAUAUUAGGAUAUUGGCAUUCUCCAUAUCAUUAAUAGAAUCUGUUAAAGUUCAAUUGGAUGAUGAAGCUUGGUUUGUAUGUGAACAUGUUAAAGGACCACUGUAUAUUUUAAGAUGGAACACAACUAAUUACAGAGAGGGAAUACACUAUAUUCGAAUAAGAGUCACAGAUGCAGAUGGUAGAGAAACAAUAGUAUAUCAGCCAUUUGCCCUUGACGGAUCACGUUUAUCAUUUCGUGUAUUACCUAGACUUAUACUUAUGUCUAAUGCCAGUAAUAUCUUUCAAUUCCUAUUUGAAAUGAUAUUGAUUUCACUUGUAAUCCCAUUAUGGUUACUUCGUUUUCUCCAUAUAUUGUACGUGAGGAAACAAUUGCAUCGACCAAGACUCAGGAUAAAGUUUUUUCAUUUGUGGCUUAGAAAAUUGUGGGUAUUAUCUACGGUCGACCGUCUGUUUUAUCCAUUAGUACUGUAUGCGUUAUACUUAACAGUUGGUCCAUGGGCUGUUGGUGAAGUAAUUGAAAAUCAAACAGGCGUAAUUUUUGCUUGGGGAACAUUUAUUGGGAAUUCUUUCUUACCUGGUGCCUUUACCUAUGCUUAUGGGUUUUUCCAAUUGUUUUCCUUCCAUCUACCACUAAUGCUAAUCUUAGCUAACAGAGUGGAUAAACGAUUACAAAAUAUUGAGCCAGAUGAUAAGCCAUUAUCUAAGAUUUGCUUUUUCUUACAAUACUUGCCAAUAACAUUGUUAAUUAUAAUGCAAACGUGCAUGGCUUAUUUCUUUUGGUUGGCAUAUGGAACAUUAGCUACUAUAAUAUGCCCUUUACGCACUUGGAGCAUCUUUUUAGCAAUCAUGUUGUGGCAUCAGGUAGAUACAAUGCCACUUUCAUGCUUAAGGUCUGCCGCAAAAGUAUGGUCUCCUAUGCGUUAAUUUAAACAAGAUACAAUAACUUGCUACAAAAUUGAAGCAAAUCCCUACUAUUUAAUUUAUAUAAUUAACAAAUUUUCAUAC